AUGGGUGGAGCUGUGAGUCUCGCCUACCCCCUUCCUCCCACCUACCCUCCCCUCCCAACCAGCAAUGAGCAGUCGCGUUUCUCAGCCCCCUCAGCCCCGGCAAGCAGCAACAGCAGCAGCAGCAGGAGCAGCAGUAUUCUCCUGUGGCGACUUGUGCUCGCAGCCAGAUCAGCAAAUUCCACUGAGCAUUACUUGCGCACGGUUAUCUCCGCCUGCCGACCGCAUCUCCCAAGACAAUUUUUCCGCCCUUCACCGCCUCACGGCUGCGAGAAAGCGGAGAAGGACCUUGGAGACUGUUCAACUGAUUUUUUCGAUCAGUGUCUGGAGACUGCUGCCGCGCGACAUCGCCACGGACAGAGAAUCGCUCACUCCACCGCCACAGGGAUCUCCCUGAAGACUUCACACAGUGCGCUUGACCUUAACAGUUCUCCCAGUGCCGUCAAGGGAGAAGUCUCGAGAAGAUCGGUCUGA